AUGAGUGGUGGAGGAGGUGGAGGUGUUGGUGGUAGUCUUGGAGUUAGCGUCGGUUUGAGCAGUGGCAGUGGUAGCGGCAGCAGUAGCAGCAGCGCGGCUGCCAUCAAUGCCGCUGCCACACUGCAUUGUCUCACCUCGGUGGGCAGCAGUCAUAGCAGUGGCGGCAGCGGUAGCAUUAAUGGCAGCAGCGGUGGUGGUGGCUCUGGUGGCAGUGGUGGCAUUGGCCUUGGCGGUGGCAGUGGUGGUGGUGGUAGUCAUAGUGGUGUACAUGCCAGUUUGGGGCUCACUGCAAUGGGCAUGGCAGCAGGCUGUGGCGGUGGUGGCAGCGGUUUGAGUGCAUUCGGUAGCGGUGCGGGCAGUUUGGCGGCGUUCGGUGGCAGUGGCGGUAGUAGCAGUAGUUCCAGUGGUAGUGGCGCCAAUCAUCAUCAUCAUCAUCAUCAUCACAAUAGUGUUGGAGUUGGUGGCAUUGGUGGUGGCGGCAACAAUUUGAAUAUAGCAACGGCAACCCUAACGGCAGCUCCAACGCAUGGCGUCGGCGCGAGCAGUGGCUUCGGCAGUUUGGGCGGCAUCAGUGUGGGUGUAGGCGUGGGUAUGGGCAUGAGUAUGGGCGGUGGCAACCUCAACUCGCUGGUUGUUGGUAAUCGAUUAAUGAAUGCAGGCUUACCGACGAUAUUGAAAUGA